GCACCAAUUCCCGGAGGGAAGAUAGACCAAGCGGACCCCACCUCUCGGAAGUGACGACACAGGGGCGAGCGGCGCCACGGCCGGCCUUCCCGAGCGGGGCGCGCGCAGGAUGGCGGAAGCGGAAGGGAGCUCUCCGCUCCUGUUACAGCAGCCGCCACCCCCUCCUCGGAUGGCGGAAGUAGAAACGCCGACGGGGGCCGAGACGGACAUGAAGCGGUACCACGGGUCCGGUGGUGUCGUCAUGGACGUGGAGCGGAGCCGCUUCCCUUACUGCGUGGUAUGGACACCCAUCCCGGUGCUCACGUGGUUUUUCCCCAUCAUCGGCCACAUGGGCAUCUGCACGUCCACCGGAGUCAUUCGGGACUUCGCUGGCCCCUAUUUUGUCUCGGAAGACAACAUGGCCUUUGGAAAGCCUGCCAAGUUCUGGAAAUUGGACCCUGGACAGGUCUAUGCUAGCGGGCCCAACGCGUGGGACACGGCUGUGCAUGACGCCUCUGAAGAAUACAAGCACCGCAUGGAUCCUGGAAAGGCUGUCACUGGAUUCCUUCAGUCACUAGGGACAGUUGGAACAGAAACUGAGGUCCUGGAGCAACUGAGUUCCUGGUGGAGAGCAAGUGUUGGAGCCUUCGUGAAGACCUGGCUGCCCUUUGUCCUUCUCCUGGGCAUUAUCCUGACCGUCAGUCUCGUCUUCAAUCUGCGGUGAUGGCUUUCAGAUGGUCUAAGCCUACCAGAUCUGAGGAGGCCCCUGCCACUCGCCCCCUUUGGUCCCAAUUCUUUUAUCCCUACCCCUCAGGCAGAGUUGCCUCCUGGGUUGGAAGUAGGGUCAGGAUUUGGACAGAAGUGCUGAGGCUGAGCACCUGAUGAGGCCAUGAGGCCACUCGGAGCCUCCUCGUCCUCUCCCUGGGCCUGAGACCUCACCUUUGUGGCAUCCCAUUGCCAUCCUGGGAAGGCCGUCUCUCCUUUAGAGCGUCUCCAGCCACCAUCACGGGGCUACUCUUCCCAGACCCAGGGCACAGUGAGGACGAGAACCCACCAGGCAGAGCAGUGGUCAGAACUGGAUUUGAAGCUGUUUUCUGGCUGGUAGUUGUGUUCCACAGUAGGGUGUUGUGUUAUAAGAUGUGCUACAUGCCAAGAGACUUGCAACUCUCUUUGCUGGCCUCGAAUGGACUGGGAGGGCUGGCUGUGCUCUUUCUGUGCCAGUCAGAGCCGCACUUCGUGCAGAGUGGGUCUUCUGUGAGUCAGGAGAUGUGAAUCCCACAUGAAUCCCACUCUUCCAGCCCAGGAGGCUUCAUGCUGGGGAGAGAACCCUAUAGGUCCAAAAUGUGAGUAACUUAUCAGAGCAGCUGGUGCCCCUGAUUGGCGGGGUCUGCUUCCGUUGCUACAGUGGGCCCUGUGCAGCCUGCCUUCCCCUGGUCCACAGGCUCCUUUAUAAGGGGCUCCCUGGCAGGAAAUAAAGUUUUAAGUCUAA